AUAAAACUGAUGAGCCGGCGGGGGGCCAGGUUCCAGUCUAGGCAGGUCUUUCUGGGAGAGCGCUGGGGUUGUCAGCGACGAAAGGAACAAGUGCUUUGCCUUUUUCUCUCCUUGGAAAUCCUCGCUCCUUGCAGUCAGGUGCCCGCCAUGCCAUUCUCAAACAGCCACAACCUCUUGAAGAAGAACUACUCUGCGGAGGAUGAGUUUCCAGAUCUGAGUGUCCACAACAAUCAUAUGGCUAAAGUGCUGACCUUGGACCUGUAUGCCAAGCUGAGGGGUAAACGGACAUCUAGCGGAUUUACCUUGGAUGAUGCUAUUCAAACUGGGGUGGACAACCCAGGCCACCCCUACAUUUUGACAGUAGGAUGCGUAGGUGGUGAUGAGGAGACAUAUGACACCUUUAAGGAACUCUUUGACCCAGUGAUUAAGGACCGACAUGGAGGCUACAAGCCGACGGACCAGCACAAGACGGACUUGAAUGCCGGUAACUUGAAGGGUGGCGAUGACCUGGACCCCAACUAUGUCCUGAGCUCACGUGUCCGAACUGGUAGGAGCAUUCGCGGCUUCUGCCUUCCCCCUCAUUGCAGCAGAGGAGAGAGGCGUGCAAUUGAGAAGCUCUCUGUAGAAGCUUUGGCUAGCCUGGAAGGGGAUCUCAAUGGGAAAUAUUAUGCUCUGAAGAACAUGACAGACGCAGAACAGCAGCAGCUCAUUGAUGAUCACUUCCUGUUUGACAAGCCAGUCUCUCCUCUGCUCUUAGCUUCUGGAAUGGCACGUGACUGGCCUGAUGGCAGAGGUAUCUGGCAUAACGACAACAAGACCUUCCUGGUCUGGAUCAAUGAGGAGGAUCAUCUUAGAGUUAUUUCCAUGCAGAAAGGCGGGAAUAUGAAGGACGUUUUCACCCGAUUCUGUACUGGGCUAACGCAGAUUGAAAAGCUCUUCAAAUCCAAAAACUAUGAAUUUAUGUGGAAUUCUCACCUUGGCUACAUCUUGACUUGCCCGUCCAACCUCGGGACAGGUCUCCGCGCUGGAGUUCACAUUAAGCUACCUAACCUUGGCAAGCAUGAGAAAUUUGGCGACAUUCUCAAGAGGCUGAGGCUUCAGAAGCGUGGCACAGGAGGUGUGGACACAGCUGCUGUGGGAGGAGUGUUUGAUGUCUCCAAUGCCGACCGCCUUGGGUUCUCUGAGGUGGAGCUGGUACAAAUGGUGGUUGAUGGGGUGAAGCUGCUGAUCAAAAUGGAGAAAUGCCUUGAAAAGGGCCAGUCUAUUGAUGACCUCAUCCCAGCUCAGAAAUGAAAAGCACUUUAACACCCCAGCCUUCCCCCUGCUUCUUCCUAACUUAUUGGAUAAAUAAUUAAAGAUGCUCCAAUCAAAACCCUGGAGUCAAAAGAGAAAUUCCCACUUAGUAACACUUGUAGAAAGUCUUCCAUCCAUACGUGUUAGAGUUUACUUUUUUGAUGGCUGAAAUGUCACUGAGAAACUGAAAUAAAACCAUUGUUUGGCCUGA